AUGGAGAUCCUGUGGUGUCUGUUGGACCUGCCCUUCCCUGUCUGUCUGCUGCAGGAGAUCCUGUGGUGUCUGUUGGACCUGCCCUUCCCUGUCUGUCUGCUGCAGGAGAUCCUGUGGUGUCUGUUGGACCUGCCCUUCCCUGUCUGUCUGCUGCAGGAGAUCCUGUGGUGUCUGUUGGACCUGCUCUUCCCUGUCUGUCUGCUGCAGGAGAUCCUGUGGUGUCUGUUGGACCUGCCCUUCCCUGUCUGUCUGCUGCAGGAGAUCCUGUGGUGUCUGUUGGACCUGCCCUUCCCUGUCUGUCUGCUGCAGGAGAUCCUGUGGUGUCUGUUGGACCCUCCCUUCCCUGUUUGUCUGCUGCAGGAGAUCCUGUGGUGUCUGUUGGACCUGCCCUUCCCUGUCUGUCUGCUGCAGGAGAUCCUGUGGUGUCUGUUGGACCUGCCCUUCCCUGUCUGUCUGCUGCAGGAGAUCCUGUGGUGUCUGUUGGACCUGCCCUUCCCUGUCUGUCUGCUGCAGGAGAUCCUGUGGUGUCUGUUGGACCUGCCCUUCCCUGUCUGUCUGCUGCAGGAGAUCCUGUGGUGUCUGUUGGACCUGCCCUUCCCUGUCAGUCUGCUGCAGGAGAUCCUGUGGUGUCUGUUGGACCUGCCCUUCCCUGUCAGUCUGCUGCAGGAGAUCCUGUGGUGUCUGUUGGACCUGCCCUUCCCUGUCUGUCUGCUGCAGGAGAUCCUGUGGUGUCUGUUGGACCUGCCCUUCCCUGUCUGUCUGCUGCAGGAGAUCCUGUGGUGUCUGUUGGACCUGCCCUUCCCUGUCAGUCUGCUGCAGGAGAUCCUGUGGUGUCUGUUGGACCUGCCCUUCCCUGUCAGUCUGCUGCAGGAGAUCCUGUGGUGUCUGUUGGACCUGCCCUUCCCUGUCAGUCUGCUGCAGGAGAUCCUGUGGUGUCUGUUGGACCUGCCCUUCCCUGUCUGUCUGCUGCAGGAGAUCCUGUGGUGUCUGUUGGACCUGCCCUGCCCUGUCUGUCUGCUGCAGGAGAUCCUGUGGUGUCUGUUGGACCUGCCCUUCCCUGUCUGUCUGCUGCAGGAGAUCCUGUGGUGUCUGUUGGACCUGCCCUUCCCUGUCUGUCUGCUGCAGGAGAUCCUGUGGUGUCUGUUGGACCUGCCCUUCCCUGUCUGUCUGCUGCAGGAGAUCCUGUGGUGUCUGUUGGACCUGCCCUUCCCCGUCUGUCUGCUGCAGGAGAUCCUGUGGUGUCUGUUGGACCUGCCCUUCCCCGUCUGUCUGCUGCAGGAGAUCCUGUGGUGUCUGUUGGACCUGCCCUUCCCUGUCUGUCUGCUGCAGGAGAUCCUGUGGUGUCUGUUGGACCUGCCCUUCCCUGUCUGUCUGCUGCAGGAGAUCCUGUGGUGUCUGUUGGACCUGCCCUUCCCUGUCUGUCUGCUGCAGGAGAUCCUGUGGUGUCUGUUGGACCUGCCCUUCCCUGUCUGUCUGCUGCAGGAGAUCCUGUGGUGUCUGUUGGACCUGCCCUUCCCUGUCUGUCUGCUGCAGGAGAUCCUGUGGUGUCUGUUGGACCUGCCCUUCCCUGUCUGUCUGCUGCAGGAGAUCCUGUGGUGUCUGUUGGACCUGCCCUUCCCCGUCUGUCUGCUGCAGGAGAUCCUGUGGUGUCUGUUGGACCUGCCCUUCCCCGUCUGUCUGCUGCAGGAGAUCCUGUGGUGUCUGUUGGACCUGCCCUUCCCUGUCUGUCUGCUGCAGGAGAUCCUGUGGUGUCUGUUGGACCUGCCCUUCCCUGUCUGUCUGCUGCAGGAGAUCCUGUGGUGUCUGUUGGACCUGCCCUUCCCUGUCUGUCUGCUGCAGGAGAUCCUGUGGUGUCUGUUGGACCUGCCCUUCCCUGUCUGUCUGCUGCAGGAGAUCCUGUGGUGUCUGUUGGACCUGCCCUUCCCUGUCUGUCUGCUGCAGGAGAUCCUGUGGUGUCUGUUGGACCUGCCCUUCCCUGUCUGUCUGCUGCAGGAGAUCCUGUGGUGUCUGUUGGACCUGCCCUUCCCUGUCUGUCUGCUGCAGGAGAUCCUGUGGUGUCUGUUGGACCUGCCCUUCCCUGUCUGUCUGCUGCAGGAGAUCCUGUGGUGUCUGUUGGACCUGCCCUUCCCUGUCUGUCUGCUGCAGGAGAUCCUGUGGUGUCUGUUGGACCCUCCCUUCCCUGUCUGUCUGCUGCAGGAGAUCCUGUGGUGUCUGUUGGACCUGUCCUUCCCUGUCUGUCUGCUGCAGGAGAUCCUGUGGUGUCUGUUGGACCUGCCCUUCCCUGUCUGUCUGCUGCAGGAGAUCCUGUGGUGUCUGUUGGACCUGCCCUUCCCUGUCUGUCUGCUGCAGGAGAUCCUGUGGUGUCUGUUGGACCUGCCCUUCCCUGUCUGUCUGCUGCAGGAGAUCCUGUGGUGUCUGUUGGACCUGCCCUUCCCUGUCUGUCUGCUGCAGGAGAUCCUGUGGUGUCUGUUGGACCUGCCCUUCCCCGUCUGUCUGCUGCAGGAGAUCCUGUGGUGUCUGUUGGACCUGCCCUUCCCUGUCUGUCUGCUGCAGGAGAUCCUGUGGUGUCUGUUGGACCUGCCCUUCCCUGUCUGUCUGCUGCAGGAGAUCCUGUGGUGUCUGUUGGACCUGCCCUUCCCUGUCUGUCUGCUGCAGGAGAUCCUGUGGUGUCUGUUGGACCUGCCCUGCCCUGUCUGUCUGCUGCAGGAGAUCCUGUGGUGUCUGUUGGACCCUCCCUUCUCUGUCUGUCUGCUGCAGGAGAUCCUGUGGUGUCUGUUGGACCUGCCCUUCCCUGUCUGUCUGCUGCAGGAGAUCCUGUGGUGUCUGUUGGACCUGCCCUUCCCUGUCUGUCUGCUGCAGGAGAUCCUGUGGUGUCUGUUGGACCUGCCCUUCCCUGUCUGUCUGCUGCAGGAGAUCCUGUGGUGUCUGUUGGACCUGCCCUUCCCUGUCUGUCUGCUGCAGGAGAUCCUGUGGUGUCUGUUGGACCUGCCCUUCCCUGUCUGUCUGCUGCAGGAGAUCCUGUGGUGUCUGUUGGACCUGCCCUUCCCUGUCUGUCUGCUGCAGGAGAUCCUGUGGUGUCUGUUGGACCUGCCCUUCCCUGUCUGUCUGCUGCAGGAGAUCCUGUGGUGUCUGUUGGACCUGCCCUUCCCUGUCUGUCUGCUGCAGGAGAUCCUGUGGUGUCUGUUGGACCUGCCCUUCCCUGAGAUCCUGUGGUGUCUGUUGGACCUGCCCUUCCCUGUCUGUCUGCUGCAGGAGAUCCUGUGGUGUCUGUUGGACCUGCCCUUCCCUGUCUGUCUGCUGCAGGAGAUCCUGUGGUGUCUGUUGGACCUGCCCUGCCCUGUCUGUCUGCUGCAGGAGAUCCUGUGGUGUCUGUUGGACCUGCCCUUCCCUGUCUGUCUGCUGCAGGAGAUCCUGUGGUGUCUGUUCUGA